GUGCGGCCUUGUUCCGCACACCAAAAGCUGCGGUCCGCCUCAUCUGGUUCGCAAGUGUGACAACUCUGUCGACGAAUUGCGGCUUGUUGACCUGCUACGGAAUAGCGAACGCGCGAAUAUUUAUACUCGACGGCGUUAACUGUUGAGCAAAAGUUAGCGAGCUGAGAGCGUCUUGUUUUCAACGCGAGCAAAGUACGUCAACAGCGAGGGGAUAAUGUCGGUCGAAGCGAUCGUCGCCACGCUGGAAGCGGCUGCCGGGGCCCCCACUGCUUUGCCGGUGGUUCUGAAGAAAAUCAUGGAAAUGCCUCCGCUGAAUAUACUGGCCGGUGACGAUGACACAGACAAGGAGAAGAUGGGUUUGGACGACAUCACCGACGUCGGCGGAGGCGGCAGUGGGAUGGGGCCGUCUGCAGCCCUCACGCCCGCUAUCUGGGAGAAGACCAUUCCCUACGAUGGAGAGAACUUCCACCUGGAGUACAUGGACCUCGAAGAGUUCCUCAUGGAGAACGGCAUCGCCACCUCGCCCGAAGAACACGUCGAGGUCAAGACGGAGGACGUGGCGGUUAAGCCGGCUGACGCGCCCCUGCUGCCCAUUCACGAGCUGGACAAGUGCGGUGAAGAGGUGGUGAUCAUAACAAAAGUGACUGACAUCACGUGUGAUGUAACAACAGAAGUGACAACAGAUACAGAGGGAGCGACCGCGGAUGACAUCGAUCCAGACGACGUCGAGGUUGACGUCAACUACGAGCCGGACCCCACCGACCUGGUCCUGUCGAGUGUACCGGGGGGCGAACUGUUUGACCCUCGCAAGCACAAGUUCAGCGUUGAAGAGCUCAAGCCUCAGCCCAUGAUUAAGAAGGCCAAGAAAGUGUUUGUUCUUGAAGAACAGAAGGACGAGAAGUACUGGCAGAGACGAAAGAAGAACAACGUGGCCGCCAAGCGCUCACGCGAUGCCCGCAGGCUAAAGGAGAACCAGAUCACCGUGAGAGCGGCGUUCCUGGAGCGCGAGAACUCUGCGCUGAGGACGGAGGUGGCGGACCUGCGCAAGGAGUGCGGCUCCUUCAAGAACAUCGUGGGAAAGUACAAGGCCAAAUUCGGAAAAUUAGCGGUGCCAGAAGACCUCUAGACUACACUUGAUUUAUUUUUCUAAUGUAUGAAUAAAUCAAUCAAAGGGUGAGGUUUGGGGGUGACAAAAUGAGAAAGAAUCUGAAGAGGAGCAGAGCAUGUGCAUAAUGCAAUAGAACCUGAUAACUCUGGAGUUUUGAGAGGACGACUUUUAAGUGCUUCUCGUGUUCUGUACUUUUGUCAUGUUGGCUGAGAUCUUUUAUCAGUGACCUUUUAUCAUUAUUAGAUCUUUUUUAAGAUUAGUUACAAAAGGUGACAAUGUAGCGAUUGCAAUAGUUAAUGUAGCAAUCAUUUCAUAGUAUAGUGUUGGAUUAUUUCCAGGUUCCUUUCAAUUUGAUCCAUGUUUAAUGCAAUUCCCCCCCACCCCCCAAAUUUAAGCAGGUGGAAAUUAUUACAAUUUAUUCACGGAAUUACAUUGUUGUGGCGAUGUGUGUGUGAGAUUGUGUGUGCAUUGGGGGGGCACCUCGCACUGUCUUUGCAUUUUAUCUUCAGCUUUGUAACAAAUGUUUGACGUGUCAAUCAACAGUAUGAUACUUGUAGUGCCUUUACUGAAGGUGUGAUCAUUGUGGAGCAAAACUAAACUGGCUUUCCAAAAUAAUGCUUGCACAGAGAAAAUACCAAUUUAGGUUACCGAAAUUUCUCGUGUAUAAUUUGUGCAUCCCCCCUCUCCCCCCCCAAAAAUUUUUUUUGUCAAUAGUGCGCAUUGUACAUAGGUAUAGGGGCGAAUGGGUAAAAAACUUUCACAUUUUAUAAAUGUAUGCCGCCAGCUAGUGGUUAUGAAAAAUGUGUAGCCUACACUUUCAUUCCAAAAUGCCACCGCCACCUAGUGGUUAUAAAAAAGGUGUAGCCUACGCUUUCAUUCCACUAUGACAGGGAUAUGUAUGACUGCAUAUAUGUACAGUUAUGCUCAUAAGUUUACAUACCCUGGCAGAAUUUGUGAAAUGUUUUUUGUUUUUGAUAUGACUGGUGAAUGUACAACAACCAUCAUUAAUUUCUUUAUGGUUUUGUUUAAUGAUAAUGGUCUGAAAUGCUUGACCAUUGAAUUUGAAUCCCAUUAAAAUAAAAUUUAAAUGUGUUUCGCCUGGUCUUUCAUGUUUUCUUUUAAUAAUUGUACCCAUCUUACAAAUUGUGCCUGGGUAAUCAAACAACUGUGUGUUUACGAAUUUACUCACUAAAAGUAGGGCUGUGAAUUUCAAAAUAAGAGCAAGUCAAUUUAAAAAAGGAUUACGUGUCCAAAUAAAGUGCUUAACUUCAGAACAAAAUUCUGAUACUUGUUACAUACAUGUUUUGAUAGGUAGAAGGGUUUCCCAGAAUUUUGGGGUCAACUUUGCGUAUUAUACAUGGGUGCGCAUUAUACACGAGAAAUUACAGUAUUUGACCUUUUUUCUUAUCUAAUUCAAUUCAAAACCGCACAGAAGCUAAAGUUGGAGCUAUUAAAUGUUUAAAUAUAUUGUUUUUGUCCAUACUACUGUGCUUCCUUCAAUUUUUAUUCUACAUUUACUAGUACAAGGGAGUUCUGUUGUGUCUACUGUGGUUUUGUUUCGUGUUCAAAUUCUCUCCCGCUCACAUUUUGGGACGGUUGGUUAUCAAGGAGUGCUAAAUGUUGGUAAUGUAAGUUGUGUCCUGUGAUAUUUUGUUGAUUUAUGAGAUACCUCGAUAUAUCAAAAAGAACUUCCAGCCUUAUUCAUUUUCAAGUGCAGUUUAACUAGAGUUCUCAAGCAUCACCUUAAAGCAUUCUUAUAUCAGGUUGACAUGGACAAUGGGCUUCGUGACUUGUUAGUAGUUCAUGCAUUCUGCUACAAUCCCAAAUUGCAUAUCUGCCUUCUUUCAGAAAUAGGUAAACUUUUUUUUUUUUUUUUUAACAAUAGUUCCAUUGUUAUAAAGAACUGUCUUGACUUUUUCAGUAUGGUAGCCUUCAUGUAUAUGUACAUUGUAAAUAAAGCCUUGUUGACAAAG